AUGGUGGCACUCUCAAAACAAGCUGGCGUCUACGAGGCUGAAGAGGACGGAUGGCUUCAAACGAUCAUGCCCCAUAUGCCUACCACUUCACCAGAGAACAGGACUGCCGCGCAGAUGCUGCCAGACGUAGUGCUAGGCGUACUUUCUGAGCAAAUCAGGCUGAUCAUGGAGGUAAUCUUCGAUAUUCGUGAUGCAUGUGGGGAGUUAGACAAUAUGCAAGCCCUCAUCCAUGAGCUCUCGAACCCGGUCUCAUGGGUUCGGUUUGACAGCGGCACCAAGACUAUUAAACAGAUGAAGCAUCCACUCGACCAAGUCAGUUUAUUACAGAAUGAAGAUCGCUUGAUCCGGUCGCAAACGAAGGAGAUGUUUCACCACUUCUACGCCUGGGCGGAAUGGGAUGAGCAGUGGAGAAAAAGGGUACAUGAAUUUGUGUUUACAUGA